AUGGUCGCAGCCCGGGAUAAAGAUCUGAAGACCUGCAAGAGGCUGGUGAACGAAGGCGCAGAUCCAAAAGAAGUUUCAGAUUGCGGCCUGACGCUGCUUCACUUCGCCGCAAUAAACCAGGAUCACGGAGUGGACAUCUACUCCUACUUCUACAACCUCAUUCUUGACCGUGAGGACGUCGACGGCGAAGAACCCAUCCACUACGCCCUGAGGAAGGGCGACUACAACUUCGCCGUAGAAAUGCUCAGGUUGCGGAAAGCGGGAGCAGACAACUUGCUGCAUUACUUCGUGAUGCACAACAAUCUGGACUUCGCCAAAUUGGUGUUGGAGAGGGACCCCGAUUUAAUCCGCUUCGUCGACAAUCGCAGGAAAACCCUGCUGCACUUCGCGGCCCAGUACGCCAACAGGUCGAUGUGCGAGUGGCUCGUCGGGCAGAAGCUGGCCCCAGACGCCCAGAGCGACCGGGGAUCCACGCCAAUGCACUUCGCCAUGAGAAACAGACAGCACGGCGCAGAUCUCGCGUCAUUCUUCGCCUCCAAGGUGCCGAAAUGGAACAAGACGAACAAGCAUGGUCUGACGCCUCUGCAUUGGGCCCUCCAGUACGAGAACCUCGAAGCUGCCACGCGGCUGCUCGAUUUGGGCUGCAGUAUUCGGAUCAUAACGAAAGACAUGAUGAACCUUUUGCACUUUUGCGCCGCGAAGAAUAAACUGAAGAGUGCCAAACUGGUGCACCGCUGGAACGGAAAUCUGAUCUGGAACAGCUGCCUGGACGGGAUGACCGCCCUCCACUUCGCGGCCAGAAAUGGUGACGUGGAGUUCUGCAAGUGGCUCAUUGUCUCGGGUGUCGACAUUUUCAAACUUGACAAUCAAGGUCGCUCGGCACUCGAUUACGUGAAUAAAGACAACGAAGAACUGCAGGAGGGUUUAGCAGAAGAAAUGAAGGUGCAAGAAUCUUACUGUGCAAAUUUUGUUUUGGCGCUGAAAUCCUGGAAAUUUGUCCCUUACAUAGGAAAGAAAAUACCAAAAAUUUUAAAAGAAAUGGAGUUAUUUGGAGUUGCCGACACUGCCAAUUUCAUGGCGAAAAUAAAUGACCCGGAGUUGACCCCCUUGAUGGUCGCGGCCAAGAAUAACAAUCUGAAAACGUGCAUGAAGCUCGUGCACGAAGGCGAAAACCCAAAACAACACACCGCGUACGGCCUGACGCUGCUCCACUUCGCCGCAAUAAACGAGGAUCACGGCGUGAACAUCUACGCCUACUUCUACAACAUCGUGAAGGACGGCAGAGCAGACGUUGACGGCGAGGAACCCAUCCACUACGCCCUGAGGAAGGCCAACUUCGACUUCGCAGAAGCAAUGCUCAGUUUGAGGUACGACGAACAGAGAAACUUGCUUUUGUACAUGGUUGUGCUCGAUAAUCUCGAGUUCGUCAAAUUGUUGUACAACUGGGACUCGAGUCUGUUAGACAUUUCCGAUGAUGGUCAUCACGGGAAAAACCUGCUGCACUUCGCUGCCCAGUAUGGCAGCAGGGCGAUGUGCGAGUGGCUCGUCAGGAAGAAAUUUUCUCCGGAUUCCAAGAGCGACAAGGGUUCGACGCCUCUGCAUUUCGCCAUGAGAAAUAAAAGGCACGCAGAGGACCUUGUCCUUUUCUUCACCAGCAAGGUCGUAAAUUGGGACGUCAGGAACAAGAAAGGGCAGACUCCACUGCACUGGGCCCUCCAGCACCAGAAAAUCGGAGCAGCCAGGCGGUUGAUCGAUUUGGGCGCCAAUUUAAUGAUCAGGGUAAAAGGGAUGCAGAAUUUUAUGCACUUUUGCGCCGAGAAGAAUAAACUGGAGAGUGCCAAACUGUUGCACCGCUGGAACGGAAAUCUGAUCGGGGACAGCUUCCUCGACGGGUUGACCGCCCUCCACCUCGCGGUCAAAAAUGACGACGUGGAGUUCUGCGAGUGGCUCAUCGAGGCGGGCGUCGACGUUCAAAUGCUGGACAACCAACACCGUUCAGCGCUCGAUUACGUGAAAGAUAAUACAAAAUUGAAGAACUUGUUAUCAGCAGCAAUGAAUAAAGGAACAGAAACUGAUUAA